AUGGCGGCGCUGCCGAAUGCAAGGAACAGCAACAAGAAGCCUCGAGCAAAGCUGCUCGUCGUCCUGCCACGCGCCUCCUUCUUUUCCUCCCGAGCAAGCGAGGGAGAGGAGCGGGCGGCUGGGGAGAAGGAACGAGAGGAGUCGCGCGUCGAUUGGUUGGAGCGCAGCGUGCCCGGCCUCAAGUGCCUGCCUGAGGGCCACCGCCUCCUCAGCCGCCGUCUGCGCCACGCCGGCGGCGAAGGCAGGCAAUUCAAGUCGAACGUGGCCUACCGCGCACACCCGCUCCGGCCAAAGGAGUUCAUACCCGUGGCAGAAUUCCAUCCGUUCGUGCUGCGGGACAAGAAGCGGGAGAUGCAGGAGCUGCUGACCGGGCUCGGCGCUCGCGAGAUCGCCCUCGAACACACGUCGCGCAGGGGCACCCUGCGCUUCAAAGGCUCCGAGUCGAAGCGAAAACAAAAGGCCCAGGGGAGCUACAUCGAAGAGGACAAGGACGUCGAGCUGAGGCUCGAGCAGCCCACGAUUCCUCUCGCUGUCGACCAAGGCAAGGGGCGGUGGUACCACGUGGAGCCGACGUGGCAGGCCUGCACGGCGCUCCGGCGGCGGACCGUGGAGAGCAAGGAGUGUCGGGUGCCGCUGACCAUCGCCUCCGAUUACGACGUCACGCCGGACCUGGCCGCCGCUUUGCAGAAGUGCGAAGUCCACCUCGGCGAGGGGGCGGGCGCGGAGUUCGUCCGCUUUGAGGCGGUGACGCGCGAGUACCGCGUGCGGUUCUUCACCCUCAAGCACUACCAGAAGGCCAACAAGGAGGCCGUUCGCGCGUGGGCGCCGGAGGACGUGGCCGCCUUCUUACGCGCCGCCGACCUCGACCAGCACCUCGACCUCUUUCAGGGCAAAGGCGGGGCGGAGUUGGUGCACAUGACGGACCACCAGCUCUCCAAGAUCUAUCGCCUCAAGCAGGAACCCGCCGUCCGCGCCCAGCUCCUCGAUGCUCUCCAACGAAUAAUGGACUCGGUGGAGUGUCGACACCCGGCGCUCGCCGCCGCCGGAGACCACAGCGGGCCGUUGUGCGCGCCCUGCCGGAAGCGGCUCGGGGUCGCCUCGCCCGCGCCCGCCCCACGGUCGCCCCGGCCUGCUGACGUCAGCACCGCCAGCAAUCUCAAGAAUGCCAAGCGGGCCUACGACAGUGUCGACAGCGACGACGACAAUGAUGACGUGGGCGGCGCCGGCUAUGUUGACGUCCGCGCGAUGGACAAGCUCCGACCGCCGCCCGCCGCGACGCAGCCCAACUACGUCGAGGCGCCGCCCGCCGGACCGGCGGCUGCGACCAAGCGCAACGCGAAGAAGGCGGCGGGGGCGGCCAAAAAGCGAAACAAGAGCGAAGCGGCUGUGAAUGCGAAGGGCAACGGCAACAGGGGAGGGGCGGCGCCGGACACGGACGACGAUGAUGAGGAGGAUGCGGAGGCAAUGGAGCGGAUGAAGGUGCGAGCGCGGGCGGUGGCGCGGGAGAACGGCUACGUGUUCCGCGAGAUCGACUACCGCGAGCUCGACCUCGAGCAAAAGAUCGGCGCCGGCUCCUUCGGCGAAGUCUACAAGGCCACCUGGCGUGGGGCUCCCGUGGCGGCCAAGAAGAUCAUCAACAUGGACGACGAUGACGACGAAAUGGUGGACGAAUUCAUGCGCGAGGCCGCCAUGAUGGACCUCCUCGGGAAUCAUCCGAACAUUGUCAAGUUCGUUGGGGCUUGUCUCGGGCCGUUCUGUCUGGUGUCGGCGUUCUGCGCGAACGGGAGCCUCGAGGACCUGCUGCAGAAGGACCACGACCUCCGGCUGCUGAGCAACCGCACCCUCGUCCGCAUGGCCAUGGACAUCGGCGCCGGCAUCCUCCACCUCCACCGCGAGGGCGUCAUCCACCGCGAUAUUGCGGCGCGCAACGUGCUGGUGGGAGAGGACUUCACGACGGACUUUGGGUUCGCGCGGAUCAAGGAGAAGGGCGGCGACGGCGGCAACACCCAGUCCACCCUGGGUCCCGUGCGCCACAUGAGCCCCGAGUCCCUCAAGGAGCGCCGCUACUCGGAGAAGUCCGACGUCUACUCCUUCGGCGUGUUGCUCUACGAGAUGUGGAUGCGGGAGGCGCCGUACAUGGGCACGGGCAUGGACCUGCUGCAGAUCGCCCUGCGGGUCAUGAACGAAGGCCUCCGCCCACCCAACGUUCACAGGGCAUUGCUCGAGCGGUGUUGGAAGGCCGACCCGACGGAGCGGCCGGACUUGGCGGGCGUGCUGGUGGCCCUGAAGGACCUCUACUGCGAGCUCUGA